CGCGCGAGAGCGAGGCAGCUGGUAGAGUUCUCACAGCGAGUGUUUCCGCUCACCUAAAAUAAAGAGCUGGCGAGCCGAGCGGACCGGGAACAACAGAGAGGCGCUGACGGAACUAGACGACGAGAACAUUAUUAUUUAUAUAUUUGGUGUUAAUUCGCCAUUUUCUGGUUUUGGGGAGUCUCCAUUUUUCACGAGCGUUAAUGCCUCGACUGUGAAGCAGUGAGAGGAGGGCUCGCCGCUGGUAACCUAUACGUUGGUUAAGCCGUAGAGGACUCUCUCUGGUCGCCGGAGGAAAAGAUGUGCGAUGGAAUGGUAGCGUUUCAGACGAGAGCCCUGUCCUCCUCCUCCUCUUCCUCCACCUCCUCCUCUCGAGCCCACAGGCUGGCUGCCUCCGCGCUUCUCCUCCUCUUCACCCUGCUCCCUCAUGGUCACGCAUCAGGUUGUGCGCGGCCACCCGGCGUGCAGCACGGAGACUUGCUGAACCAGACCGAAGCUAACCGGGGCUCUUUCCCCCCGGGCACCCUGCUGACUUAUGGCUGCGAGCCCGGUUACACUGCAGAUGGAACCACCACCAUCAUUUGCACCAGCUCUGGAACCUGGUCCCAUCAACCUCCACGCUGCAUCAGAAGCAGCGUGUGUUCGCCCCCCACUGAGCCAGAGAACGGGGGCUACCGCUGUCACCCGUCUCCCUGCCACCGCCUCACCCAGAAAACUGUCAUUGAGUACUUCUGUGACGAGGGCUACGCUCUAAAGGGAGACUACAAGUUCCUCACCUGCCAGAACGGCGAGUGGGACGGUCCCAUGCAAGUUAGCUGCCGACUCACACAAGACAAGGAGCCGAGCUCUCCGCUGGGUAUACCCGCUCUGUCUAUUGUGGCGUCCACAGCCAGUUCUGUGGCGCUCAUCCUGCUGUUAGUGGUGCUGUUUGUUCUCGUACAGCCAAAACUCAAGUCCUUCCAUCACAGCAGGAGGGAGCAGGGAGUCUCAGGCCAGUCCAGCUCCAUCAUGGUCGAGGGCGUCCAGGUGACACUGCCCUCCUAUGAAGAGGCAGUAUAUGGAAGCGGUGGGCCCUGUGGAGCGUCUGGUCCUCCUCCUUCUCCACCACCUCCUCCGGCUCCUCCAGAGACUCGAGUCCCGAUCGUGCUGUCUGAGGGGCUUCCUCAGGGAGCCACGGGAGGCCAAGGCCCCAGCAGAUCCCGCCACCACAGAGACUUAGACUUCUGUCUCCCAUCCACGUCCUCCUCAUCGUCCUUCUCCUCCCGCCGUCACGCAGAGACGGUGCUGGUUCAUCAGGCCCCUUCUUCGUCCUCCUCUUCUUCAUCGUCAUGGGCUAGAGAGCACCCUGGGGGUGCAUGUGCAGGCCCCCUACCUCUGCGUAGAGACUCUGAGAGUAGCGACCAGCACAGUCUGCUUUCUGUCACCUCUGCGGAUGAUUUCUCUGAUGAUAUUCCCCUGCUGAAGGAAGCAUGAAGUCUCCCAGCCCGCUAUCAGCAUCAGCAGCAGAGCCCUUAUUUCCCUAUCUCUCACUGCUGACCAGGACUGACUGUGGCUGUCAACCCACUUCUCCUCCCAACUCCCCUCAGCAGCCAGCAGAGAAAAGACUAGAACUACGCCCCCAUUCCCCCCACGCAACCCUCUUCUGCCAUUGCUACCCAUGCAGAGCAAAGCCAAUACUCGCAAUGACGGAGCACCUCCGGACCCAGCUGCUGGAUCAAAGACAAGCCGGACAAACAAAGUGGUGCCAGCUCAACAUAAACCCUGUAGAUCCUAUGUAUAUGUAAAACAUACAUACUGAGUCAAGGUUGUGUACUAUAGGCUACGUAUCACCAUACACUUGCCUCCUCCCAGGUGUAGAUCUCUAUAUAAACACUGCUCACAGACUUCAUCGGAGACGGCUAUAGCAAUCGAGACACGUUGACUCUGUCUGGGAUUACUGCGGAUAGAAAAAAAAAAAACUUGCGAUGUUCGCUGCUGACGCCGUGGCGCUCAGAAUCAGAAUCGUCUUCCCGCUGUACUUGAAAAGUUGUGAGUGAUGGCUGGGUUUCUUUUUUUUUGUGGCCCCGCUUUGUGAAUGCUGCAUGUUGUUUUUAGUUAUUGCUGUCACAGCACGGUGGCCCACUCUGAAUGAAGCAUGAAGCCUCCUCUGUCUCUCUCUCUCUCUCCGUCUCUAGCUUUCUGUGAAUGCGGGUGGCGUCUAGCAUAUGGAUUAGCGGGACCGAGAAGCACUUCACAGAAGCUAAAAGCAGGGUGCAGCGUUUUACGAAGCACCAUAUCACAACUAUAAAAAGACCCGCUCCUUUCUUUUCUGUCGCCAGCUGCACCCAGUAUCUGAAAGGUGCUCCUUCUGUCGCACGAGUGGGAUCGAUUGGUGUGUUUGGUUCCAGGGCUGUACUAUACAUCUUCCUCGUAUAAGGAGAGACGGACAUGAUGUGAUUGACAUUGACAUGGUGACUGGGCUUAACUUUAAAAGGUUGUUUGUGUUUAAUUUUCCUUCCCACUGUAUUUAUUGUGUGCAGCGAAGUUUGGAUUUGAGUUGCUGAAUCUGAGUGUGUGUGCGUGUGUGUGUGUGCGCAUCUUUGUGUGUCAGCCAGGCAGGAGAGGACAUGUCCAAAUGAGGACAGGCCUCGAUUCAGCCAUUUCCUGAUUUGCCUCUCCUCAGAUCAGAGCCUGGCUUCACAAUGUCCCCUGUCUCUCACCAUAAGAAAAAAUCCCCCCCGGCAUUGAAUAAGUCACAUGAACAAACCAGCGUCACUUCAGGCAACGAGUCGGCUACACAAUGUGUCUAUUAUUCAUCCGCUCUCCAGCUAGAUUAUUUAUCAUUUUCUGCUGAAUGGCUGGAAAACACAAGUCCCCUCAGAGGAACUGGCCCUCGCCCACCUCAACACUGAACCCAAGACUCUCCACUCGUGUGCAUUAUUGACACAACUGCAGCUGGUUGCAGUGAGACGCUCAAGUUUUGUGAUAUAGCACCCCCACCCUCCACCACCAACCUCCUAAUGCCAAGUGGAAACUUAAGAGAAUCAUGUUAUUUUGUUAGAAAUCAUCCUCUGUUUUCAUCGCCAGUUGAAAAGCUUCGGUGGGUUGAGCUGGUCGCCCUGGAAACGGCAUGACUCUGAAGGAUCCUGAGAAUUGCUUUUCAAGCUUAACUGCUCCGAACAAACCCAUUAGAGUUUCUAUUCCCAUUUUAUUUGGCAUUUGUGGCUGUCUGUCGUUGUCAACGGCUACAUUAUUAAUGCAAACAGAAUGUUGCCUUAGACUUGUACAUUUUCUUUUCUUUUGUUUUUUGUAUAAUCUUAAGCCUCCGCGUUGGUUGCUUUACAAUACUGCAACGUAUUCUGUUUUCCCGAUGGCCUUACUCUGUUCUUUUCUAUUCUAUGCAUAAAACUGUCUUUGUGUAUUUAUCGAUGAGUUUACUUUUGUUGUGGACACGACUUAACGAAUGUCCAUCCUUCUCGGUCCUCCCCUAGCUUUUACAGCUACUGUGAUGAUGGUGACGAUGACGAUGAACCUAUAAGCACCUAUAUUUCACUAUUCCUUUGCUUCUCCUUUGCUACAAGGCAUUAAAAUAUUAUGGGAUUGAAAAGAGAAAAAAAAAAGAAAUUAACUUUGCAUUCAGAAGCACUGUUGUACGGUGUUGGCGUCCCUGAGAAUAACAGGUUAAAAAAGUACACAUCUUGAUUCUUAGUUUCAACGCUCUCAGCUUUGGUUUCUCCUCUGUACAUGGCAGUGGGUGUGAAGAUAGUAAUUUAAUAUUUGUAUAAAGUUUAAUUUAAUUUUACAGUGUGUAUAUAACUUUCUAAUUAAAGCUUUCUUUUGAAUGUGGAA